AUGGAUCGGUACCAGAAGGUGGAGAAGCCCAGGGCUGACUCGCAGAUUGGUGCGAACGAGAUUCGGAUUACAAGCCAAGGCAGGAUGCGGAGCUACAUCACUUAUGCCAUGACUCUGCUUCAGGAAAAGGGUUCAGAUGAAAUAGUAUUCAAGGCAAUGGGCCGAGCCAUCAACAAGACUGUAACAAUUGUGGAGUUAAUCAAGAGGAGAAUUGUUGGUCUUCACCAAAUUACAGCAAUCCAAUCUACUGAUAUAACUGAUACAUGGGAACCUCUGGAGGAAGGCCUCCAAACUCUGGAAACAACGAGGAAAGUUUCAACGGUCACGAUUACCCUCUCGAAAAAGGAUUUGGAUAAGACAAACAUUGGGUACCAACCUCCGAUACCAGCGGACCAAGUGAAGGUGCCCGUCGAACCCGACUAUGAUGGAGAGGGUUCGCCCGUCGCUCGAGGAAGAGGCCGAGGCGGCAGGGGAAGGGGUGGUAGGCCUAGACCCCCUUCCGGAAAUGGAGUUUCGUCUGGUGAGUUUGAGGAUGGAGGCUAUGAGCGGAGGGGCAGGGGACGAGGCAGAGGCCGAAAUCCGCAUGGGCGUGGCCGUGGUCGUGGUGGAUACUAUGGUGGUCCCCGAUUUGAUGUUCAGCCUGAUAGUACUGAGGGGUACAAUCAACAUGCACCUAGAGGUCGUGGACGUGGAAGGGGGACUCGUGGAAGAGGCCGUGGUGGGCCCAGGCCUAAUGGGCCGGUCGACAAUUCUGCUGCCUGA